GUUAGCCUUAUUCUUCAUCGAGACCUCUCGCCGUCUCGUUAUUUCAUCUCCAUUUCCUUUUUUCCCAUUCCAACCCUGUUUCCUCUCCGAGCACUGUAAUCCAUGACGAUCCGCCGGCUCCUAAACCUAGCCCGCCGCUCUCGCCCGCCUCUCGGAGGCUGUCAGCGCAAAAAUCAAGCGCCUCGAGGACCCCGACCCUCGUUUUCUCCGCUUCGCCUCACCUCACCCAUCCAUCGCUGACCACACCGACAUUCUCUCUGCACCCGAGACGCGUGUGACGACGCUCCCUAACGGCCUCCGCAUCGCUACGGAAUCCACGCUCGCAUCCCCCACUGCCACUGUGGGCGUCUGGAUUGAUGCCGGAAGCCGAUUCGAGACUGACGAGACAAACGGUACCGCACAUUUUCUAGAGCACAUGAUUUUCAAGGGAACGGCGGAGCGGACGGUGAGGCAGCUCGAGGAGGAGAUCGAGAACAUGGGGGGCCAUCUUAAUGCUUAUACUUCUAGGGAGCAGACGACGUAUUAUGCAAAGGUGUUGGCGAAGGACGUGCCCAAUGCACUCGAGAUCCUGGCGGAUAUACUGCAGAACUCCAGCUUUGAUGAAUCUAGGAUUAAUCGGGAGCGAGAUGUCAUCCUUCGCGAGAUGGAAGAGGUUGAAGGACAGGCAGAAGAAGUGAUUUUCGACCAUUUGCAUGCGACUGCAUUUCAGUACACUCCAUUAGGGAGAACUAUACUGGGAUCUUCUCAGAACAUCAAAACAAUAACGAAAGAUCAUCUUAAGAACUACAUAUCAACACAUUACACUGCUCCCAGAAUGGUCAUUUCUGCUGCUGGUGCUGUAAAGCACGAGGAAAUAGUUGAGCUCGUCAAGAAGCAGUUUACAAAGCUCUCAACAGAUCCAGCUACAGCUUCUCAGUUGGUUGCACGAGAACCGGCAUAUUUUACAGGCUCUGAGGUCCGGUUAAUAGAUGAUGACCUUCCGCUUGCACAAUUUGCUGUUGCUUUUGCUGGGGCAUCAUGGACAGAUCCAGACUCUAUUCCUUUGAUGGUUAUGCAGUCUAUGCUUGGUUCUUGGAACAAAAGUUCUGGCGGUGGAAAGCAUGCGGGCUCUGAGUUGGUUCAGCGUAUUGCCAUUAAUGAAAUUGCUGAGAGCGUCAUGGCAUUUAAUACUAACUACAAGGAUACUGGUCUUUUUGGUGUUUAUGCAAUGUGUAAGGCCGAUUGUGUGGAUGAUUUGGCCUGGGCAAUCAUGCAAGAGAUUAGCAAACUAUCUUACCGAGUGUCAGAAGCUGAUGUUAUUCGUGCUCGUAAUCAGCUGAAAUCCUCCUUACAACUGCAUAUUGAUGGCACAAGUCCUGUUGCUGAGGAUAUUGGCCGUCAGCUACUGACUUACGGCCGAAGGAUACCCGUUGCUGAGCUCUUUGCACGGAUUGAUGCAGUUGAUCCUAGCACGGUAAAGAGAGUUGCUAACCGCUUCAUCUUUGAUCAGGACGUUGCCAUUGCUGCCAUGGGGCCUAUUCAGAAGCUCCCUGACUACAACUGGUUCAGGCGCAGAACUUAUCUGCUCCGCUACUAGGCCCAUUUUAUACUGCAUUUGGCUGUUUAUUUUCUCACGUGUCCUUCAGAAUAAGCUUCAAGUACGCUUGUUUCCUCAAUUCCAUAAAUGUAUGAUCAGGUGGGUUUAUGGUAGAAGUAUUUUUUUUCAAUAUUGUCUCAAUUUUGUUCUGUAUCAUCUCAAUCUAUAUAUAUCUCUAAUGUGACUAAAAUGCAUUGUUCAACUUUCUUUUGGAUUA